AUGCAGGGUCUUGCGGGUGGUCCCGUCAAGACUCACCUGUUCCGACUUGAACUAGAUUCACUAGAACGAGCCAUUUCCAUUGCGGAACAGGAAGACUUCAGUCUGAGGCAGGCUCGCGCCAUCUCGACAUCGUAUCGUCAACCGAGACGAUAUGACAGCGGAGGUCCAGAGCCGAUGGAACUCUGUUAUGUAGAGAGCGAGAAGGCUCGCUCUACAGACUACAAGAAGUUGCAGUAA